AUGUGCGUAAAGUGUCAUGCUCUUCCCGUAGAGUUCAACGUCUCCUCGUACGAAGCCUCGCUGUUGUCUUCAGUCAUGGUUGGCAAGGUUGCCUUCACAGAACACCUCAUCAACAACGCUAACACAGCCAACCGUGACUACCACGAACUCCUCAAGCGCCUUAACACUACGGAGAGGGACAUCUGGCGGAAACUCGCAUACAGGUGUGAGGACCUAAUACUCGCCUGCGUGUUCCAACGCGUGUCAUUCUCGGGCCAAGAGUGUUGCGAGAAACACUUCAUCACUGUGCUCGGCAACCUGGGGCUAACGUUUGUGACGAAGAACAAAAUUCUGCAGGACAGGGAGGCCGUAGCUGCUGGACUCAGCCUGGACCUUCGCGUACCUGUGAAACCAUUAUCUCUAGACUGGGAUAACAUGAACUACCGAGCAACAGUGCUACAGAGUGGACUGCGGAUCAACAUUUUAUCUGACGACAAAGGCUAUGACUCUGAAGUGUCCUCGCUGGUGUCUGUAACGACAGGUGAACGCGCCAUGGUGGCUGUUUCCUACACCAAAAUCGACAACACAGGCCUGCAUCAGAGCAUCGUGCCGUGGUGGGACAGCUCGCUGUCGUGCACCCCCAGCCACGCGCCGUACGAAGAGCGCGCCGUCGUUGGUCAGAACUGCCACGCCGCCAGCGUCCACAAGUGCACCAAGAUGCGUGCUGGUCACCUACCCCUUCUGGAACGGAACUGCGUGCUGGUCACCUACCCCUUCUGGAACGGAAAAGAUCGAUUUUGUGAUAUCGAUGAUCACGUCUACUUGAUGGAGACUGGCGUCAACGCUUCGCAGGAGUGCCAACAGAACUUUUUCAACGAAUGCGGGGCCGCAUGCGAAGAGACAGUCUACACAUACUCCACACAGAACACAGUCCUGACGUACCAACUCGAGAAACCGCGAAACGACAGCUGGUACGUGCAGGGCGCGUUCACGAUGUUCUACACGAAGCUCAGCUACACGCUCUUCUCUCAGUCGCGGCCAGACCUCAUGAUCUUGCUUAGUUCCCUAGGUGGACAAAUAGGCUUGUUCACGGGCGCCUCCCUCAUCACCUUCUCGGAGUUCAUCAUCGUGUUGCUCGCCGUCAUGAUAUUCAUCACAUCGCGGCUUUAUGAUUACUGUGUGAUGAGUUCUGUAAUUCAGGAGUGAACCAUGAUGAUGACAGUUGGAACCAAAUUUGUUACAACUGUCAAAGCACGUCUGACGCACAUCUGCAAAUGCUUUAAAAAUUCUAUCAAAAUUAAAGAGUAAUUGAAAACAUAACAUAAACUAGUUAUUGCAAAGGAACUCGAUGUAUCUAUCGUAUACAAUCCCAAAUUCUACUGUACUCAAAGUUUUCACAUUCAGAUGACCGAUCUUACUUAUGGCUUGACACUACCGAGAAACUUUCAAUACUGUUACAUGUAUGUCGGCACCUGU